UCGGAUGCGGUGGAACGCGGAAAGCUAAACCCAACUCGGACAAAUAGCCAAACCCACAGAUAAGCUUAUCGAAGUAGAAACGGAAGCGAGCCUAGGCCAAGAUGCGGCUGCCACGAAAGGGGAUACAGCUACUGCUGUUCCUGCUGUUUCUGGUGGGUGAACUGACCUUGGGUGACUCGAGUCAGGUAUCCAACCACACCACCGACUAUGAGCAGACCACCAAACAGAUCCUCGACAAAGCCACCGCCCGGAUGCGCACCAUCUGGGAUUUGAAACGCCGCAUCUUUCUGCAACUCACAGCGAAGGGAAAGUCUCCUCUGGGAGGGCAGGCCUUGAAUGGCAAGCAGGAAGUAGAGUCGGAGACAUAUCGCCUGCAGUACGAACUGGCUGCGAAUCUCAGCGUGGUGCCAGUGGCCGAGCUCAAUGAUCCACUUUUGCGUCGCAGAGUCCAGCGGAUGGCCAAGCUGCAGCUGCAGGGCCUGCGCCCCAAGGAUUACGAACAAGCCAAGGAUCUGCUCAGGCAAACACAUAACUUUGUGAGCGGAGCGCUGGUGUGUCCUUUGGAGGACUGCUCGGCUCGAGGUCCCAUGUCCAUGGACCAGCAGAUAGUGGCAAAGAACCGAAGAACAAAGCUCUACGACGAUCUUCUGAUAAACUGGUACGCCUGGCGCAAGGCCAUCAACGAAAAGGAGACUGCCAAGUCCACGUUCAUUGACUUUGUGCGUCUUCUGAGGAUCGCAGCCACCUACAAUGGGCAUGUGACUCCAUCCCGCACCUGGUACCAUCACUUCGACACCGAGAACUUCCAGGCAGAGAUGGAGGCCGUCCUGUGGGAAAUUAUGCCGCUGUACCGGGAACUUCACGCCUACCUACGCCACGAGGUGCGCAUCGCCUAUCCCAAGGCAGACACAAAGAGCGAUGGCGCCAUUCCGGCCCCCGUUAUGGACCAGAUCCUCUCACAGGACUGGUAUCCACACCAGUUCUUUCGCACCCCGCAUCCUAGCAAGCAGCACCAACUUCCCUCUGUCCAUCGCCGCCUGGAGGAGGUCCUGGUUACUCCAGUCAAAAUUAAUAGGAAAGCCGCAGAGUUUUUUGAGUCUCUCGGACUCAACCACAUGUCGGAUAAUUUCUACGAGAAGUGGUCACGACGGAUGAAGGACGACGAAGGUGGCCCCGACUGCAAGUCCCAAGUGUAUUAUUUUCCGCCGGAUGUGGCCCUCCGGUACUGCCCUAAGCUGGAUUACAAAAAAAUGAUGCAGAUGCACGGGACUAUGGCGGAGCUGCAGUAUAAUAUUUACAAGCGGCAGUUACCCUUUGGCCUAGACACGGAGCCGUGUCCUGGUUUCGGCGCAGCCAUGGCGGAGACGGUGAUCCUCGCUUCGGGCACUGCCCGGCAUCUCUUCCGGCUUCACAUUCUCCUGAAUGACAGCCUCAGCGAGGAGCAGUCUCUGAACCGGCUCUUUAGGAUGGGAGUACACACACUGAUCGCCGUGCCUCAGUACUUCAUUAAUGACAAGUUCCUGGUUGACGUCAUGGACGGCAGAAUCGGGGUAAAGGACUACAACUGCGCCUACUGGCAUCUGCAGGACAAGUUCGCUGGAGUGCAGCCUCCGUCGCAGCGCAACAACAGGGACUUCGAUUUGGAUUUUAAGUUUUACCGCGGAAUGAAUCCGGAAACAUCCAAUACAAAGAAAUUUAUGGCCGAAAUCCUGGGCUUUCAGUUUUACCGAUCGCUCUGCCUUGCUAGUGGCCAGUACAAGCCUGGAGAUCCGGACUUCCCGCUGCACAACUGUGAUUUCUACGACAGCAAGGAGGCGGGCAAGAAGAUGCGAGACAUGAUGCAGUUGGGGGCCACCAAGCAUUGGCGUGAUGUCAUGGAGAUAGCCACCGGAGAGAGGAAGUUGAGUGGACGUGGCAUUCUGGAGUACUUCGCUCCCCUCUUCACCUGGCUGAAGGAGCGCAACAAGCAGUUGGACAUCGAACCAGGCUGGGACGCCGACGAAUUGUGUCGAAAGGAUUAGGGACUAAGGAUUGGAACUUAGAAGCUAAUAAAGCCUUAACAACCUAACACUUAAA